AUGAAUAAAAAAAAAAGCUCUAAAAUUAAUGUACUUAAUAAAAAAAUUGAAGAAAAAAUUAGAGAAGAAAAAAGGGAUAAUAAUAAAAUAAGCAAUGAAGUUAUGAAAUUAAUAAAUAAAGAAAUAAUAACUGAUUAUUGUACAAAUAAAAAAGAAAAUGCUAAAUUAAUUUUAAAUAAGUAUUUAAAUAUAAUUAAAUAUUUGAUGAAAGAAAAUUUAAAUUUAAAAAAAAUAAUAGAAACAAACAAAUUAGAAAAUGUUCGAAAAAAUGAUAUUAUUACUAAUUAUGAAAAUGAGUUAAGAAAAAAAAGCGACAUUAUUGACUCAAUAAAUAAAUUAGGGAUAGAUGCAUUAAAAGAAAAUAUAAAAAUAUGUGAUAAUUCAAAAGUGCAUGAAGGCGCUAUGUUAAUUUUAGAAAAUGAUAAUUCCUCAAAAGUAAAAUUAGAAAAUUUGAUAGACUCAGUUCAAAAAAAUAAUAGUCCUAUUAAUAAUGAAAAUAAGGAAAACAAUUAUUUUAUAAGUUAUUAUCUAAAUAGCAAUAUAGAAGAAAAAGAUAAGUUUAUAGAAAAUACUUCAUUUAAUUAUAAAAAUAAAAAUUCUAAAUUUACACAUAAAAAUGAAGAAAAAUUUAUAAACAAAUGCAUAAGAGGUGAAGAUCAUAAUUCUAUAUUAAAAAAAGACUAUCCAUCUGAAAAUAUAUUCAUAAACAAUCACAAGUCUAUUGAAAAAAAUAAUUAUAACAAUAAAUUUCAUGAAAUAUAUAAAUAUGAUAAUUUUAAUAAAAAAAAAAAUUUAGAAAAAAAAAAAUCGUUAGUAUUUAUUAAGGAAGGAGAAAAUGAAAUAUUAAAAGACAAAAAAUUAAACCCCAAACAAAAUAAAUAUUUCGUAGAAAACAGUUUAAACUUUUUUAUUAGUGAAAAUAAUAAAUUACACGAUGAUGAUAAAUGCAUUGAUGAACUAAAUUAUCUUAUAAAUAAUAAAUCCAUUAUUAAAAAUUUUGAAAAUUAUUCUAAAAAAUAUGAAAUGGAAUAUAAGAAUGGCAAUACUCGAAAUGCUUUUAUUAGUGACGACUUAGAUAAUUCAAGCCAAUUUCAAAAUGAAAAAAAAAUACCUGACAAUUCUAUUGAGAACAUAGAGUAUUUCAUAGAAACUUCAAGAACGAAUGAUGACUAUGUGAAAAUAAAAAGUAUAAAUAUUCCAGAAGAUGUUUUUGAAGAAAAAAAAGAAGAUAUCAAUAAAAAUCCCCAAGAAAUACUAAAUAAACAAAUUCAUGAUAAUUCUUAUUAUAUAAAAAUUAAAGAUGGAAGCAAUCUAUAUAUAAAUAGUGACAAUGGAAUUAAUACAAAUGUAAUAAAUGAAGCCACUAAAAAUAUAGUAAGCAAAAACAUUAAUUAUGUAAAUAAAAAUAUUGACAAAAAUAAUAAAUUAAUUGAAAAUAAUAAUUAUGGUAAUUACAACAAAACAAAUUAUAGUUUCUCUGAAGAAAAAAAUAAAAGUGAUUUAGAAGAUGGUAAUUAUGAGGAUUUAGAAAACAUUAUGUCUACGAUAUUAAAAUUUAGAAAAAAAAACUAA